AUGCCGUGCAGCAUAUGCAACAAGUUCAUAGGAGUGGGCAAGCUACGCCCUGAAGAGGACGCUCCAGUGGGCAUAAGUCGAAAGCACGUACCGCGAGAUCUCUCUUGGCAAGACUUGCAAACCUCGGCAAAGAUAUUCGAUGAGGAACAUAUCGAGAGUUUCAGCAUCAGGUUCUUCUACCCGAACUACGAGGACGAGGAUGCUGAGGUGGACAAGGUCGUCAGCUUUCUGAUGCAAGACGGCAUCUUUUUUGAUAUUGAGCUCUUUGCUACUGAAGAAGAUGACUGUCCAGUUCCUGAUGCAUGGGAGUCCAUACCAGUCUCCCAACGUACAUCGUCCAGGACAGACUCAUCUGACGCAAUCGAAAUUAUCAAGUCUUGGAUACAGCUCUGCGAAGACGAUAGCGAACAGGUUGACUGCAUCGAGCCAGAGGACCCCGAACUCCCUAAGCGAGUCGUUGACGUUGGUGACGCAGAUGGGGUCAUUCGUGUCGUAGAGACACAUGGUGAAUCGGCCAAAUACAUCUGUCUCAGUCACUGUUGGGGAUCAACACUGAUCAUAACGACAACUCAGAACACCUUGCAACAGCGGCAAAGAGGAAUCGAUAUGCAAGAUUUGUCUAAUGCCUUUAGAGACGCGAUAUUCUUGACAAGGCAGCUAGGACUUCACUACAUCUGGAUUGACUCUUUGUGCAUCAUCCAGGACAGUCGAACAGAUUGGGAGAUUGAGUCAGCAAAGAUGUCGUUCAUCUAUUCCAAAGCGUUCUUGACCAUCGCGGCUACACAUUCUCCAGACGGCCGAGGUGGCCUCUACACAGACACGCCCGACUUUGAAGUGUCUGGGGAGACUCCAGAGGGAGAAGAGUACCGUCUCUUCUUUAGAGAGCGGAUCGAUCAUCACCUCGAUCCCGUUCCUGAACCUGACCGGUCCGGCGCCGAUGUUGGUCUGAUAGGUCAUGGGACCAUAGCUCGACACCCACUCCUGACAAGGGCCUGGGUCUAUCAAGAGCGCCUGCUAUCACCUCGUGUGAUACACUUUGGUCCCCAAGAACUAUUCUUCGAAUGCCUUUCGGCUAUGCAGUGCGAGUGUGGCGGUAUUGCUCAUGAUGGUUCCUCUAUUGCUCCGUCAGGUCUCAUGAAGCUCCUCUAUGCAGAAGCACUCUUCACAACCGCACCUGGAGUAGAAUGGCACGAGUAUGCCGCCUACUACAUGGCCCGCAUCUGGCGCACCAUGGUCAACGAAUACACCUCCCUCGGAAUCACCAAGCCUUCAGACAGACUGCCUGCGAUUGGAGGCUUGGCCAAGAAGAUGUCGGCUUCCCGGAAGCAAGAAUACAUCGCAGGCUUGUGGGGGAACACUUUGAACGACGACCUCAUCUGGACUGUUCUUGAACUCGAGGGGGAGAAGAAGCCAAGGUAUCACCCCCUGGCGGCGCCGACGUGGUCUUGGGCAAGUGUCGAGGCACACGUCUUUUACUGGGACAGCAUCGUAUUCUGGAACCCAGAUGAGACGGAGACGGAUGAGGAUCGGCCUCCUUGGCAACACCUCAGCAGGGUCGAGAAUUGGAAUAUCGACGCAGCCGGUGUCGACGAGUUUGGACACUUGAAUGGAGGGACGAUCAAGGUAACGGGUCUCGCUGCGGAGGGUACAAUCGAACGCGAUGUCGGGGAGGAAACGAAAUGGGGAUCUGGCUCCUACUAUGUCAGGUUCUCACCGACCUUGCGGUUAAUGAUGCACGCCGAUUAUCAGCUAGAUCACAAAGGUCCUCACCAGGUUCUUCCAGGAACAGAGGUCCUGUGUAUUCUAAUGAGCGUGAUUCAAGAAGGGCCGACGGACCACUUGGUUUCUCUGGUACUGAGAGCAGUCGGCGGGUCUGGGCAAUUCGAGAGGAUCGUCACCCAAACCAACCUUUACGAAACUCGCAAAGAAAAGACCAUGACGAUGAGCAACGAAGGUCUUAUGCUGCCUACUCCUCCCAACCAGAUCCGGGCCCUCCAGGAGAUGAUCCUCAUGAACCUGCGUGUCGUGUACCCAGGCUCGGACAUGGAGGUCCUUUUGUGCAUGGAGAGUCCUGGUGUCUACUACGCGUGUGUCAUUCACGAUCCUCUCCGCCAGAACAAGGUCCUGUUCCGCGGUCCCAAGGGUCCCAACCUCGAGAUCCCCCUCGUCGGCAUCCUGCGCGAGGUCAUGGUUCUCGCUACCACCCGCUACCACCUGUAA